CAUCAUUGUUGUCAUCACCUGCGUUCUGAGCGUGCCCAGCGCCAGUAAAUGCAUCGCUAUGCCACCCACAGCGUUGAGGAGCCCCAGCGACACUCCUCCCAGAUUCGACCGGGCCGUGGCGAUGGCUGAGGAGAAAUUCGACUCCCCGAGCCAGGUUCUGGCCUUCUCGUUCCAGAUGGGAACCCUAAUUUACAACAUGACCCAAGAGUACCGGUUGGCCAACGACGCGGUAUACAAGGCUUGUACAGGCUUCAUUGUCAGCGACAGUUCGCAGGCCGGCUUUGUCAUGAACAGCAGAAGGAGGAGGGCCAACUUCACCUGGUUCCUCUUCAACGUGCAUCUCACGGACAUCUCCAAGAAGUGUCAUCCCAACGGUCCCUUCGAGCGCCUCAAGGAAUUCAGAAAAUUUUACUACAAUAUAAGCCAACGCGGGUAGCGAGGAUAAUACCCUCGAUGGCCCGCCAUUUCCCUUUGAAGAGCGACAGGAACAACCAAUCAGCACACUGGACUGGUGUACUUCGUGCGGUAUAAUCUAUAUUACCAGGUUCACAAUUAUCCCUCCAAUGAAACCUGGAUGUGUCAUCGCGUAUCUUU